AUAAAUACAGCUUGACUCAGCCACUGUAUGACUGACUCCCCGGGAACAUGAGGUGGACACUGUUCAUUGGGGCCCUCAUUGGGUCCAGCAUCUGUGACCGAGAAAAAUUUUUUGGGGACCAAGUUUUUAGGAUUAAUGUCAGAAAUGGAGACGAGAUCAGCAAAUUGAGUCAACUAGUGAAUUCAAACAACUUGAAGCUCGAUGUCUGGCAAUCUCUCUCCACCUUCAAUCGGCCUGUGGAUGUCCUGGUCCCAUCUGUCAGUCUGCAGGCAGUUAAAUCCUUCCUGAGAUCCCAGGGCUUAGAGUAUGCAGUGGCAAUUGAGGACCUGCAGGCCCUUUUAGACAAUGAAGAUGAAGAAAUGCAACAGAAUGAAGGGCAAGAACGGCGCAGUAAUAACUUCAACUAUGGGGCUUACCAUUCCCUGAAAGCUAUUUACCACGAGAUGGACAACAUUGCCGCAGACUUUCCUGACCUGGUGAGGAGGGUGAAGAUUGGACAUUCGUUUGAAAACCGGCCGAUGUAUGUACUGAAGUUCAGCACUGGGGAAGGCGCGCGGCGGCCGGCCAUUUGGCUGAAUGCAGGCAUCCAUUCCCGAGAGUGGAUCUCCCAGGCCACUGCAAUCUGGACGGCAAGGAAGAUUGUAUCUGAUUACCAGAGGGAUCCAGCUAUCACCUCCAUCUUGGAAAAAAUGGAUAUUUUCUUGUUGCCUGUGGCCAAUCCUGAUGGAUAUGUGUAUACUCAAACUCAAAACCGAUUAUGGAGGAAGACGCGGUCCCUAAAUCCUGGAAGCUCCUGCGUUGGUGCUGACCCAAAUAGAAACUGGAACGCUAGUUUUGCAGGAAAGGGAGCCAGUGACAACCCUUGCUCCGAAGUGUACCAUGGACCCCAUGCCAAUUCAGAAGUGGAGGUGAAAUCGGUGGUAGAUUUCAUCCAAAAACAUGGGAAUUUCAAGUGCUUCAUCGACCUGCACAGCUACUCGCAGCUGCUGAUGUAUCCAUAUGGAUACUCAGCCAAAAAGGCCCCAGAUGCCAAGGAGCUGGACAAGGUGGCGAGGCGUGCGGCCAAAGCUCUGGCUUCUGUGUCGGGCACUGAGUACCAAGUGGGUCCCACCUGCACCACUGUCUAUCCAGCUAGUGGGAGCAGCAUCGACUGGGCGUAUGAUAAUGGCAUCAAAUUUGCAUUCACAUUUGAGUUGAGAGAUACCGGGACCUAUGGCUUCCUCCUGCCAGCUAACCAGAUCAUCCCCACUGCGGAGGAGACCUGGCUGGGGCUGAAGACCAUCAUGGAGCACGUGCGGGACAACCUUUACUAGGCGACGGCCCCGCUCUGUCUACAUUUAUUUGUACCCACAUGUGCACCCACUGAGGCCACCGUUAAAGGAGGCCAUUCCUUCCCGUGUGAGUCAGAGCCCUCUGGGUUUGUACAGCACACAGGCCUGCCCCUUUCCAGCCAGCUCCCUGGAGUCCUGUGUGCUGGCGGUGUCCCUGCAAGGAGUGGUUCUGCCAGCCUGCUCAAUUUUGGUCCCGCUGUUUUUGAUGAGCCUUUUGUCUGUCUCUCCUUCCACCCUGCUGGCUGGGCAGCUGCACUUAGCAUCACCCCUUCCUGGGCGGCAUGUCUCUCUCUACCUCAUUUUUAGAACCAAAGAAAAUCUGAGAUGAUUCUCUAGCCUCAUCCACAUCUAGCCAAGCCAAUGACCUUGCUCUGGUGGCACUGUGGGAGGCACUGCUUGUCUUCAGGUGGGUCUCAAAGAUGACAUAGAAUUUCCUUUAAUUUCUCUCAGUCUUCCUGGAAAAUAUUUUCCUUUGAGCAGCAAAUCUCACAGGGGUAUCAGUGAAGGUCUCUUCCCUCCCUCCUGUCCUUUUUUUUUUUUUUUUUUUGAGACAGUUUUGCUCUUGUUGCCCAGGCUGGAGUGCAAUGGCUC